AGGAGAGCAGCAGCAGCGGGCGGAGGAGCUCUUCCAGCAGGGAGUGUCAGAAGAGGAGCCCGCGGAGCCCCAAAGCCGAGGGCUCCGACUCGGCGACAUCUCAGUCCUCCCCCAGUGAAGAGGCUGGAAUGAUGACUGAGGUGAAAGUGAAGACAGAGGUACCAGAUGACUACAUCGAGGAGGUGAUCUGGCAGGAUGACACCAAAGAUUCCAAGAAGAGCAUGAAGGACGGGCCGGGGGACGUGCCUGCAGAGAUCUGCGUGGUGAUCGGCGGCGUGCGCAACCAGCAGACCCUGGAUGGAAAAGCAGUGGAACGUGGCUCUCCCGUUGGAUAUACACGAAAUCGAUAUUCAGGGACCUGGAUUUUUGACCAUGCAUUGAGAUACACGUCCGGGUCUUACGAGUGUGGAAUAUGUGGGAAGAAAUACAAGUAUUACAACUGUUUCCAGACCCAUGUGCGAGCACACAGAGACACCGAAGCUGCCUCAGGGGAAGGAGCCUCACAAGGCAGUGCCCCUCUGGCUGCGGAAAGGGAGAAGAAGCCUCUCUCCAGAGCUGUCUUUGUGCUGCCCUGGGUGGAAUCCACAGAAACAAACAAUUUUAGGUACACGUGUGACAUUUGUGGGAAAAAAUAUAAAUACUACAGCUGCUUCCAAGAGCACAGAGACCUUCAUGCCGUGGAUGUUUUUAGUGUGGAAGGGGCCCCAGAAAACCGGGCAGACCCCUACGACCAGGCCGUCAUCGCUGCCGACGACGUCAAGGAGGAGGAGCCUGAGCCCUUCCAGAAGAUUGGGCCCAAAACUGGCAAUUACACCUGUGAGUUCUGUGGCAAGCAGUACAAGUACUACACUCCCUACCAAGAGCACGUGGCUCUGCACGCUCCCAUCAAGUUCUCUCGAUCUCCACUCUUCGUGGCAGUGAAGACACAGACGAGCCAGUCCAGCAAAAAGUCUCCGGCGUCGGUGAACCGCUGCUCCGGCCUGCUGCACCGCAGCCCCGCGGGGGUCCCGCCCGCCUCCCAGCCCCAGAUGUUCCGCGCUCCCAACUCCGCCUCCCCGGGCAGCAAGGCCAUCACAGCAGAAAGUGCUUUCAGCAGAAGAGUGGAAGGCAAGGUGCAAAACAACUUUGAAGAAACAAACAGCAAUUCGCAGAACUCCAGUGCUGGUCAUUCGGGGACAGAAAAACCUAAAGAAAAGAGGUGUAAGCAGAACCCAUCAGAAUCCGCAAGUCCCCUGAUUUCAAAUCCUUUCCCGCUUUUACAAAAGCCUUACACCUGUGGAGCUUGUGGAAUCCAGUUCCAGUUUUAUAACAAUCUCCUGGAGCACAUGCAGUCCCACGCAGCUGACAAUGAGAACAACAUUGCCUCCAGCCAGCCCAGGUCACCUCUCCCUGUGGUUGAAGAAAAGUGGAAACCACAGCUCCAAAGAAAUAACGCCAACAACACGCCGGCGAGCGGCUCGCUGGGGAACAGCGCCAUCCCGGAGAAGGAGCGGCAGAACAUCGCCGAGAGGCUGCUGCGGGUCAUGUGCACCGACCUGGGCGCGCUCAGCGUGCUCAGCAGCAAGGAGUUCAUCAAGCUGGCGCAGACCCUGGUGGACAGCGGGGCGCGCUACGGGGCCUUCUCCGUCACCGAGAUCCUGGGCAACUUCAACACCCUGGCUCUGAAGCACCUGCCUCGGAUGUACAACCAGGUGAAGGUGAAAGUCACCUGCGCCCUGGGCAGCAACGCCUGCCUCGGCAUCGGGGUCACCUGCCACUCGCAGAGCGUCGGCCCCGACUCCUGCUACAUCCUCACCGCCUACCAGGUGGAGGGCAACCACAUCAAGAGCUACGUCCUGGGCAUUAAGGGCGUAGACAUUCGAGACAAUGGUGAUUUUAUCCACCACUGGGUGCAGAACGUGCUGUCGGAGUUUGUGAUGUCGGAGAUCAGGACGGUGUACGUGACGGACUGCAAGGUCAACUCCUCGGCGUUCUCCAAGGCGGGCAUGUGCCUGCGCUGCUCGGCCUGUGCCUUGAACUCGGUGGUGCAGAGCGUGCUCAACAAGAGAACGCUGCAGGCUCGCAACAUGCACGAGGUGAUCGAGCUCCUGAAUGUCUGCGAAGACCUGGCGGGGUCCACGGGCCUCUCGAAGGAGACCUUUGGCUCCCUGGAAGAGACCUCCCCGCCGCCCUGCUGGAACUCGGUCACCGACUCCCUGCUGCUCGUCCACGAGCGCUACGAGCAGAUCUGCGAGUUCUACAGCAGGGCCAAGAAGAUGAACCUCAUCCAAAACCUGAACAAACACCUGCUCAGCAACCUGGCGGCCAUCCUGGCACCGGUGAAACAGGCGGUGAUCGAGCUGAGCAACGAGAGCCGGCCCACGCUGCAGCUGGUGCUGCCCACCUACGUCAAACUGGAGAAACUCUUCACUUCCAAAGCCAACGAUGCUGGCGUGGUCAGCAAACUCUGCCACCUCUUCUUGGAGGCGCUGAAGGAGAACUUCAAGGUUCACUCGGCGCACAAGGUGGCCAUGAUCUUGGACCCUCAGCAGAAGCUGCGGCCCGUCCCGCCCUACCAGCAUGAAGAGAUCAUUGGCAAGGUCUGUGAGCUGAUCAAUGAGGUGAAAGAGUCCUGGGCAGAAGAAACAGAAUUUGAACCUUCAACCAAGAAGCCUCGUGCAGCAGGGGAGGCCACAGCAGCUCAGGAAGAAGAUUGGUUCGGGAAAAGUGAAGUCUAUGAUUAUUUGCAAGAACCUCUCUUCCAGGCCACCCCUGACCUGUUUCAGUACUGGUCGUGUGUUACCCAAAAGCAUAUGAAACUAGCCAAGCUGGCCUUUUGGCUCUUAGCAGUGCCUGCUGUGGGUGCCAGGAGCGAAUGUGUAAAUAUGUGUGAGCAGGCGCUCUUGAUCAAAAGGAGGCGGCUACUCAGUCCAGAAGACAUGAACAAACUCAUGUUUUUGAAGUCCAACAUGCUUUAAGACUGUCUUUUAAUUAAAACAAAACUUUAAAACACUGUUCCAAACAAAGAAAAAGAAAUUUAAGUUCUAAACACUGUGGACCUCAUUAUGAAUGCCCCUGGAA